UUGGGUAUUUUUUGGUCAAGAGAGGGCGCACGUCCGUCUAUCGAACUUUCAAGAUGUCGGACGCCGAUGAUGAUUUCAUGUGCGAUGAAGAGGAGGAUUAUGAUUUGGAAUACUCAGAAGACAGUAAUUCAGAGCCCGAUGUAGAUCUAGAGAACCAAUACUACAAUUCCAAAGCCUUGAAGGAGGAUGAUCCGAGGACAGCGCUGGAUAGUUUCCAGCGGGUGCUGGACUUGGAGGAGGAUAAAGGGGACUGGGGUUUCAAGGCUCUGAAGCAAAUGAUCAAAAUCAACUUUAAAUUGGGGAAUUAUGAAGAAAUGAUGAAGAGGUACAAGCAGCUUUUAACUUACAUCAAGAGUGCAGUAACGAGGAACUACUCAGAGAAGUCCAUCAAUAGCAUCCUUGACUACAUCUCCACGUCUAAGAACAUGGGCCUCCUGCAGGAGUUCUACGAGACCACGCUGAUGGCACUCAAAGACGCCAAGAAUGACCGGCUCUGGUUUAAAACAAACACAAAGUUGGGCAAGCUGUAUUUUGACAGAGAAGAAUUCAACAAACUUGCCAAGAUCCUUAAGCAGCUACAUCAAGCAUGCAAGACGAAAGAUGGCUCAGACGACCUGAAGAAAGGAACGCAACUGCUUGAAAUCUAUGCACUGGAGAUACAGAUGUACACGGCACAGAAAAACAACAAGAAGCUGAAAGCGCUGUAUGAACAGUCACUACAGAUCAAGUCAGCCAUUCCACAUCCGCUCAUCAUGGGGGUCAUUAGGGAAUGUGGAGGGAAGAUGCACCUGCGAGAGUGUGAAUACGAGAAAGCCCACACGGACUUCUUUGAGGCGUUCAAGAACUAUGACGAGUCAGGCAGCCCCAGGCGGACGACGUGUCUCAAGUACCUGGUCCUAGCCAACAUGCUCAUGAAGUCCGAUAUCAAUCCCUUUGAAUCGCAAGAGGCCAAACCGUACAAGAACGAUCCCGAAAUCUUGGCUAUGACGAAUCUUGUCAGCGCAUAUCAGAAUAACGACAUAAACGAAUUUGAGAAGAUCUUAAAGAAUAACCGACGGAACAUCAUGGAUGACCCGUUUAUUAGAGAACACAUUGAAGAUUUGUUGAGAAACAUUCGUACUCAAGUGCUUAUUAAAUUGAUAAAACCCUACACAAGAAUUCAUAUUCCCUUUAUCUCGCGGGAGUUGAACAUCGACGUAUCGGAAGUAGAAAGCCUGCUGGUGCAAUGCAUUUUAGAUAAUACAAUAUGUGGGCGGAUAGACCAAGUCAACCAACUACUGGAGUUGGACCGGCACUCUCAGGACACAGCUCGCUAUCAAGCCCUAGAUAGGUGGACGGUCCAGCUAGCGUCGCUACAAAAAGCCGUCGGCAACAAGAUGGCGUGAUAAUUAACUCCCCACCCCUCCCUCCCCCAUAAUCUAACCACCAACACUCCUACUAACAACAAUGUGUAUAGAUAAAUACCAACAUGUAUGUGUUUGUUUUUUUCCCCCGUUUUUGUAUCAGAAUUUUGAACUUUGUUUAACUUUGCAGGGAUGAAAUGAAUUGGAUGUGUAUUCAUGAGGGCUGUCGUUGGAAUAUUACAAGAAAAUUGUGUUUUUUUUGUAGUUUGGUAACUUUCUCCCAAAUUUGUCAUUGCUGAUCUCAUAAAAGGAAUGUUAUUUCCAUGGCCAGUGUCUACUAUGUAAAAAAAAGAAAAGAUGAUAUUCAUCGCUUGCUCCAAGUUUUGUUGUAGACAUUGCCUUGAGUACCAGCCACUUUUGGUUCAUAACAGGUCUUUCAGUCGGUAACCAGUGCUACAUACUCAUCUUUAAAAAUAAUGGAGGAUUUUGCUGUAAGAAUCCUUCCUAAAAUGAUACCUGAAUACUACUGUCAGAUGAAAGUAAAAGGUACUUAAAGUUGCAUUCCCCGUACUAUUGUCGAGAAUCAUCUCAAAAAUAGAUUCCUUUUCUGAAUUGCUAUUUUUCUAACAAUACAAAAGGUCAUCACUUUUAAAUGAGACAUUGACCAGAAAUAUCAGCCCAUGAUUAGUUAUUGAACUAUUAAUUAAUAAUUUUGAAUUUUAUUGGUUUUCAGACGAUAAUUCCGUUUUCAUGGGGUAGGCUGGUUCCCGCCCCACAAUCAGUAUCAAUAAUGUAUGGACCGGGAGCCAGUCUGCUGGCAAAGUGGAUCUGUUUGUCGGUGCCCCAAAAAACCCAAUUUUUUUUUCAAGGCUUGCAGAAGUCCAAAAAAUAAGUGAAACAAAAGGGGGGAAAAACAAUUUUUGGUUUGAAUAAAACAUACAAGUUAAAAACUUAUUGGUAGAAAAAAUUUAAAAACAAAUUUGUUGAAGAGAACGGGGUAUGCAACUUUAAUAGGCAAAUGUGACAAUUUGCUUGCAGAGCGCCAUCUACUAUUCAUGCAUAGAAUACUAUUGGCUGUGCCAUGACCAAUUACUCAGAAUAGCGCCCUCUUGUGGCUUCAUUUUAUAUAUUUUCUUGUGUUAAUCUGCCUUUUCAUUGUAGACCUUAUAAACUUUUGAAUAUAGUUUACUAGGCAGUGCCACAAGUACAGAACAGGGGCUGAUUUCACGAAACUUGUCUUUUCUUGCGACUUGUUUUAGGACUAAAGACGAGGCCCCGCUCUAAGAUGGAUCUUAACUAAGACGCAUCCUAAGACCUAUUUCACUAAACCCAUCUUAAGCAAGACGCAUCAAAACUACCAAAUUGAUGGCUGUUUCAUGUUUGUUUUUAUCGCUUGAUGAAACAGUCGCUGAAAAUAAAUGCGCAAAACCAACUUCCCGCGUGCGUGCAUAGAACACGAACUUGCGCCAGAAAAAAAAUCCUGUACUCAAUAAAUUUCACAUACAAGUUAGUUCUACACAAGAUACGAUAGAGUCAUUCUUGCUCCUCAUGCCAUCACUUUAUUUUAAAAAUUCAACUAGGUGUUGGCAUAUAAUUAAAUUUUGUAAAUAAGCUAUUUUUUUAUUAAAACUACCCACCUAUCAGAAAUCUUUUCAAAUCUGUUUCUACAGCCCUUGAAACUAUAACUCUAGGCCCACACUCGUCUUAACGGCAGUGAUUUCCAGAUGAUAUACAAAUGAACGCACUCAUUAAUGAGAUAAGACGACCCUCGGACCAAUCUUAAGUUAAGACGAGUUCAGCCACGUUGCUUAGGAAGUUAGGACAUUUUGAACGCGUCUAAAGUUUGCUGAAAUUGAACCUAGGAUGAGUCGCAAGUUAAGACGAGUUAUCUUUCCUAAGACAUGCUUUGAGUUUCGUGAAAUAGGCCCCAUGUGUCUGUAAUUUUUAGAGUUUGCAAUUUAGCUGGGCUAACUAGUUUCAAGAUUUGACAUAACCUCGCUGUGAUGUCCAAAAAAAUUACAUUGUAAUUGAAUAAGCAACAUCAAAACCACUUUAAGUCUUUACCUGUUUAAGGGCAUUUUGGGAAUUUCAAACUGACAAACUUGUUUUGAGUAUCGCAAUCCACAAGGUUCCUUUUUGUGUACACAGUUACUUCAGCCACUUAAACAUACAUGUAUUUUAUGUUCGGUUUGACAAGUUUGUGUGUGUGUUCACUUUUCAAAUACAAACUAAAUUGAGUAAAUGCAUUCGGCAGAAGCAAAACUGUAUCUUAAACGACCCUAUAUUUGUUAGGGCUGUGCCGGGUAUUCGAAUAUUCAAUUACCCACUGAAUAGCAUUCGGAUAUUCGCUUCAAAUAUUCGAAAACUGUGAGUGGGCUUGUUAGGGCUGUGCCGGGUAUUCGAAUAUUCAAUUACCCACUGAAUAUCCGAAUAGCAUUCAGAUAUUCUGUUCAAAUAUUCUAAAACUGUGAGUGGGCUUGUUUGGGCCGUGCAGGGUAUUCGAAUAUUCAAUUACCCACUGAAUAUCCGAAUAGUAUUCGGAUAUUCUGUUCAAAUAUUCGAAAACUGUGAGUGGGCUUGUUAGGGCCGUGCCGGGUAUUCGAAUAUUCAAUUACCCGCUGAAUAUCCGAUUAGCAUUCGGAUAUUCCGUUCAAAUAUUCGAAAACUGUGAGUGGUCUUGAGAAUAUGAAGACUGGCAGACUAGGUGCCUGCAAUGGAUGCUGGUGCAUAGAAAACUUGAUCAGCGGCAUUACUCAUAUAUUUUUUUUGAAUGUUCAUUCAGAUCCAAUGUCAACUAAUCAAAUACUAUAUUAAAAAGAAAAUGCACAGCCCUAUGUAAUAAACACUUUGUUUGGUUCAGUCCAAAAUUAUUGCCAAAUGCAUUUGCUGCUCUUUCAUCUUCUGUACAUAUUUUUGUGUACAUUUAACUGUUUUCACAUAAUGACUAUGUAAGGUAGUAAGAGUGCAGGGCCAUUUUCAAAACCUUGAUUUCGUCUCAGCUUUGGUUCAUCUCCGGUUCCACAAUCAUUUUGAAGGCACUUAUGGCCAAACUCAAUGAAAACACUCCACACUUUGACCCAAGAGGAUUUUAUACUCAUGUAUAUACCCCAAAUUCGGUGUCUUAUGAAAUUAGGACUCCCAUUAAAUCUGGUCCUUAUAUGGACUCCAACCCUCACAUGUGACCAAUGAGUCCGUGUACCAUAAGAGUCCAAAUUUCACACUUCACCAGGGCCAAAAUUAAUCAAAUCCAUAGCCAGAGAAAAAGCAGAGAUUUUGAAGGGCAAAAAAUUGGAGACUCUUGAGAAAAAUGUUACCAUUAUAGCAACCCAACAAGGCUUUUGCUGUAAAAAAAAAAAAAAAAAAAAAAACCCACCAAUUUUAAAUCAAUGACCUUUAUAAAGUGUAGCGAUGCAACUGAAGUUGUUGGUGACAUGUCAGUGGGCAUUUUGAGAGACAUUUUGAGACAAUUCUUUAGCAAGAUUUUAAUUCCAGGGGCCAAUUUCAUGGAGUGUGCUUAAGCACUGGAUUUGCAAAGCAGAAAAAGGAUACCAGACUAGAUGUCAUGUAGUUCAUGUUGUGUGUGUGUUGCUGGUGACCACCGGAUUUUAGCUAAUAUUGCUUGAAUUUGCGGAGCAAAUAUUUGUCCUGCUUUUUAUUUGCUGGAGCUCCGUGAAAUUGGCUGUGGAUUAAAACACAAAGAUUGUGGUCUUGUAAAAUGUACAACAUAUGGAGUUAUUAUUUUACUUUUAGCCAUCGUCAAGUUAUAAUUGGCAAUUGUAAAAGCUUCCAUCAUCUUGUCUCCCCCCCCCCCCCGUUUAAAAUCUUGAAUUUCACAAAAAAAACCAAUAUAUCAGUUGCCUUCAUUGCCCUCCUUGAAAAAUUGGUGCACCCCCAAGGUGCCUCCCUAGAAGUUAAAUCCUAGUUACGCCGCUGGUCCUGAGCCAGGUUUCUCAAUAAUCCAAGGACAAUCUGUGAAAUGAACAACUUGAUUUUGAAAAACUUGAUUUUGAGGCUUUAAUAUCAAGCAUAACACCUUUCGUUGGGAAGAAGGGAUCCCCACAACCAACUGAGCCACAGUCAAACCCCCGAUUUCACAAAAGGGCCUUUUUCAAAAUGUGGGCAAUUAUGGGGAAACUAUCUUUAAAUGCAGUGUUUUUUUUUUACUUUCUGUAAUCCAUUAUAUAUGACGCACCAAGAGUGAGACUCAUCGUACUAAAGAAACUCCCACGCAUCCUGUAUUUUCAUCCAACAUUUAUGGCCAUCUAGAGAUUGUGUUUUCACAGUAGGCGGGGAAGGAUACAAUUUGUUUUGCCCGAAAAACAGAAAAAGAAAAAAAAAAGAGAGCAUCCACAAUAAAACACAGUGAAUUAUGUUUACUUAA